AUGAUUUCCAGUACCUUCUUCCGAGGUGCCAUCUUGUCUCUAGGAUUCUCGUCGAUUGCAACAUCCCAGGAAAUUGGAAUAAUACACGUAACAAGAUCGGAAUUGAUCCAGAUUCCUGUCGCAACUCGAGUGCCUAUACCAAUCGUGCCGACGAUUUCAGCAAAGAUCAACAACAUAGAAUUCAAGCUCAAUACAUCUACCGGCUACGACAGACUUAUUGUUGCUCCUGCCGCCCCCGCUGCGGCCGUGACUGUGAGAAACACAAAGAAUACCGUCCUAAUAUUCGCAAGAGAUGCAGAUUCAUCAUACUCCGCUUUCUCGGGACUCAACGGUUAUGGCAUACCAUACCAAGUUGUGAAUGUCCCGGUAGGAGGUGCCAAACUUCCAGUUCUCAAUAGUAGUGCUACUGUUGGAAACUAUGGGGCCAUUGUUGUUUUGUCAGAAGUCAGUUACGAGAACUCAAAAACUGGUACCUUUGAUAGCGCACUUACUACGGCACAAUGGGCUUCACUGUAUCAAUACCAGGUCUCUUUUGGCAUACGUAUGGUAAGACUAGAUGCACUUCCUGGAUCCGAGUUUGGAACAUCGGCUCUUGGUGCAUGCUGCGACAAUGGCGUUGAACAGCUUCUUACCAUCACGGACUCUUCAGCGUUUCCUACAUCAGGGCUCAAAACUGGGGUCGGAUUAAGUACAGAUGGUCUUUAUCACUAUCCUGCUUCAAUAACAGAUAAAUCUAUUGCUACCGAAUUCGCACAGUUUGCCACAGCUAAAGGGUUCAAGACAAAAUCGACAGCAGCAGUCAUAAACACAUUCAGUGGUAGACAGCAGAUGGUUUGGUUUAUUGGUUUUGCCACGGAUUGGAGCGCGACAUCAGCCAUCUUGAAUCAUGCUUGGAUAACAUGGGUUACCAGAGGACUCUAUGCUGGAUACCGGCGUAUUAACUUGAACACUCAAGUGGAUGACAUGUUUCUUAUCACUGACCUUUACUAUCCAUCGGGGUCACAAUACGCUGUCAAACCGACGGACCUGGCGGUGCACGUUGACUGGAUGGACACUGUCAAUGCGAAAUUGCCACCAGGAAGCAAAUACUUCAUUGAGAUCGGACACAACGGUAAUGGUAAUAUAGAGGACUCCGUAGCCACAGACAAAGGAGAAAAGGCUUGUGGUAUUGGACCCAUCUACUACGACGAACUACCAAGCACACCUUUAGAGUUUGUGAAGAAGUUAGGAACCGGAACUAAUCUUUGGCCUUCAACUCCGGCUAGUUAUCCAUAUAAAACCGCAUGCACGGAUCUUGAUGCGCUCAAAAAAUGGUGGUCCACGCCCGAGAAUCGUGAUGCUUUCGCCCAUGUAUCCCACACCUUUACGCACGAAGCUCAGAACAAUGCGACGUACUUUGAUGUCACCAGAGAGAUAUCGUGGAAUCAAGCCUGGUUUGCUCAAACAGGCAUCGCUGACGCCACAAUGUUCAGCCCUAAUGGCAUAAUUCCACCAGCAAUUACUGGCCUUCAUAAUGGUGAUGCUCUUAGGGCUUGGUUGGAUAAUGGGAUCAAGUACGUUGUUGGGGACAAUACUCGUCCCCCAUUGCUGAACACUCAAAAUGAACACUGGCCACUCAUUACAACCGUGGCAGCAAACGGAUAUGCUGGUGUUCAGAUCAACCCCCGAUGGGCUCUCAACAUCUACUAUAACUGCGCAGUACCGGAUUGCACAACAAGAGAGUGGAAAGAGACAGGAGGCGGUAGUGGCACAUUCAACGAUCUACUGAACCUAGAAAGAAACACCAACGUACGACAUCUCAUGGCUCUAAAUCACGAUAGUUUCAUGUUUCAUCAAGCCAAUAUGAAUUACAACACUGUAUCAGUGCCUAAAACGACAAUCAAUGGUGUCAGUACCAAGUACUCUCUUCUCCAAGCUUGGGUUGAGACUAUCGUUCAAGAGCUCAUCAGAGUGGUCAACUGGCCAAUUAUCUCUUUGAAGCAUGACGAUAUGGCAUUGGGAUUUCUCAAUAGAAUGAAAAGAGACGCGUGUAAACCUGUCUUGACAUAUGUGACCAACCCUACGGCAAAAACCAUUACUGGUGUGACGUUGUCAGCUACUGGCAACACUUGCUCUGAAAAGAUUCCAGUCACAGUUCCAGGAUCCGUAACUGAUACUCAAGAUUUUGAUACUGAGCAGAUUGGAAACGACCCCUUGACGAUUUGGGUACAGUUAUCUGGCUCCGAGGUCUCGUUCACACUAAGUAAAGCAAUUCCGUUCUAA